AUGGAGAACGAGGGGGACCUCGCUGCCGCCUCCGGGUGCGAAGUCGGCGGCGGCGCAAGCGCCUGGAAGGACGACAACACUUUUUCCGAGUCUCCCUCUCCGACUCCGUCGCCGUCCGCCUCGCCUCUUCCCGUGACCUCGGUUGGUGCCGCUAAUGUUGCUGCCACGCCUGCCAAUAGCGGGAUCGGGGUGGUCGUGAGCAUGGGCCAGCCGGCACAUCCCUUGCCGGGGGCGGCGGCCGUGGAAACGGUGCUUGGAUCGGCAACGGCCUUGGGGAACAUCGCAGCCGGCGAGGAUCUCGUCGGGAAAAAGCGAGGGGUACAAAGGGCGGACGGCGGUGUAUCCCCAUCCUCCGCGUUCCCUUCCUCUCCAGCCUCCGCUGGGGAGCUCUCCACGGGGGAGAAGCGGCGCCGGGGACGGCCUCCGGGCUCCGGGCGGCGCCAACUCCUCGCUGUUUUGGGUGAGUGUGCCGACGACCUUGUUCAAGUUGCACGCUUUCCCUUCUUUCUCCUCUCCAUUCGGCUUCUCUUUCCCCCCUGGUCCAUCCGCUCUCAUUUUUUCAGCGGUUUUAUUCUUGUAACCUGAGCUUCCAUCCGACGAGAUAACCAUGGAACCACAAGACAGGGGCGUAGCCAGUUAGACGGACUGAGGGAAUCCUGUUUAUGGGUGAGCGCUGGACCUGCCCAAUAUCUCUGUAGAAUUGAAAUAAGGAAAACAGCUGCAGCAUGAAGGCCAGCCUACGAGAGAUUUUCAGAGCAGACCCAUUGGCGUCCUUCGCUCUUAUCUAGACGUACUCAUGUGGGUGUUGGGACCGCCCCUUUACCCAACCUCAAAAGCAAUGCCCACCGGGUUACAGAACGCAAACCAUCAUCACCACCACCAUCUUUCUCUCUCCAUCGUUUACGCUGAGACCCCGUUGAAUACCUUGCUUCUUUGUAGCUUCUGUCUGUCAUUGCUGUCCUGCCACCCUGAGGAAAAGCAGUGGAGCUUACUGUCUUACUAGUUUAUCGUGUUCUGUGAAGGGGAGUGGUUCGCGCACUCCGCCGGAGGGAAUUUCACGCCGCACGUCGUCACCGUUCCCACCGGAGAGGUAACUGAAGUUGUGGACGUCAAGUAGCGACGAAAAUACGAUCCCCCUCUUCCUCUUUAAAGCUACGUCGGCCCUGCUUCAAAUUUCCUUUUUUUUCUUUUCUUGAACACCGUCAACUUCGGGGUCCUCCCCUUACAGGACGUUGCCGCGAAGAUACUUUCGUUCGCCCAAAAAGGUCCCCGAGCAAUUUGCAUACUCUCUGCCAAUGGGUCCAUCUCAAAUGUCACCCUGCGCCAGCCAGGAUCCUCCGGCGGUACACUGACCUAUGAGGUACGGACUUCAUACUGCUCGCUCAUUCUGCUUUUAUUUCAUUUCUCCUUCUUAUAACGUCGUUGUCGAUCUCGGAUUCAUGGUCGCCCUGGGGUUUUCUCGCUACCUGAAAGGAAGGAAAUAAGGGGCGCUAAGCAAGGAGGCUUCAUCGCCAAUCACAUUUGUUGAAGAGGCUAGUCGAUGACAUUAGUUCCUGAUGACAUCUUACUCAAUCUCUCUCCCCAGGGCCGAUUUGAGAUAAUCUCUCUGUCCGGGUCCUUCACAACCACAGCAAAUGCGGGAAUUCGCAGCAGAACCGGCGGAAUGAGCGUCUCAUUGGCAGGGCCUGAUGGUCGCAUGGUCGGUGGCGGGGUUGCAGGCUUGCUUCUGGCGGCUAGCCCUAUUCAAGUAAUGUCGUGCUCCUCUUCCUCUUUGAAUUGCGCGUAGAGUUGGGCUUCUGCUGCGUGAGUGGUCAUGGCUCUUUACAUGAGAUUGAACGGCGCUUGGCAUGGGGCUCGUGUUUUCUUUGCGACGCGGGAGCCUAGUCGUCGCGAUGAGGACAUGUAUUUGACUUAGUAGUUCCCCGAUGGGACCUCAUUGGUUCCCCUCCCGUGCCAUUGUUCACGUCAACAUUCCCUGCCGUAGCGAUGAUGCAUGGCAUUAGGAGGGCAGCUCGCAGGCGGCACUGGGGAGAGUACACUGCUGUCCGGCUGCGGGGAGUUCCGAUUGCCUGGCUGCGAGCAAGACAGACAUGCAGAGUAGGUCUGGAACUGGCGGGGGCGGCACCAGAGUCGUGACAUUCGUUCCACCGUGCGCUCUCCUGCUGCAUCUUUCCUUAAAACAGAGCACGAGCUGAAGUUGUAGGUGCUUGCUCGUCCUUGCCCCCCCAGCGAAAUUGUCACAGCCAGUUGAAAGUGUGUCUGUCAUGAGUGACAAACUGCUGUCGGCGGCCUCGGUGUUUCUACAUUGCAAUGUCUAGGCCAUUCAUUUGCUGGGGGUCUGGUCUGUCGAGUACUCUUUGCGCAUGUUAUGCUGUACUCCAGCCGGCCAGAUUCCUUAAUGUCAUCAUCCAUCCAUCCAUUUAUCCAUCCUGUGGUCUCUAGCCAGUGCCGCGCAUCUCUCGCUGGAAAGGUCGAGUGUACUGAUCUUGUGGUGGCGGUGGUCUUAUUAACAGGUUGUGGUGGGGAGCUUUCUGCCAAACAUCAUGAAGCAGCAGCACGACAAACCGAGGCCUCUCCCUGCUUCUGCUGCUAGGAUUCUAUCCUCUCCAGGUGCGCCGACAGCUGCUAGGCCCGUUUCCCAGGCAAUUCCCGAUGAAGAUUCCGAGACGCCGAGCUCGGGUUUACCAGGGCAGCAGCGCACCGGCAGCCGUGGCCCGAACCAGCAGAGCAUGGGCAUCAGCGGCAUCGACAGCACGAGCCCAGCUUCCUCCUUUUCCCCGCCGCCGAUGGUGGUCAGCUGGCACGCCUUCCAGUCGUCAGCGGAGCGCGGGGCUUCCCCGGACAUCAACGUGCGCCUGGCGCCCGGGGAGUGA